GCAAAAUGCAUUAGAAGAAGGGUGGGGUUCGAUGCGUAUGCACACGAGACGCGGCCAACUACGAAAUCGGGGGUAGGCGGGGUAACCCGAACGAUCCGCGUCGCCUUCCAUCCGAUCCAUCAGAGCAAGCCCCGAAGACUGACGUCAUCGCAUCGGCUCGUCGUGCUGCGUCGCCUACUUCGAUAUACACACAUACAUUUCGGCGUACCGAGAGCAUUGUUUGUCGGUGUGUUUGUUGGUGCUGUCCCGGUAUUAUAUUUACAAACUGUUUAGUGUCGAACGAACGAAGAGGAAUUUAGCAGAAGCGAAUCGCGAUGGCUACGGAAGUGGAGAACAACGCGCCCGAGACAAAAGAGAUCAAAGAGGAGAAGGAGAGCGACAGCAACAAAGCCGAGGAGGCGGCGAAACAGGAGAAGACCGGCGGCGGCGACGAGGCCAAAGAAAAGGAGAAGGAGCCGGUCCCCGCGAAGGCGGCCGUGCACAAGGCCAACUUCGAAAAGGACGUGGUUUAUUUAUAUCAAUUUUCGCGUACGCCCUUGUUGCCAUCUUUGUCGCCCUAUUGUUUGAAAGUCGAAACGUGGUUGAGAUUGGCCGGCGUCAAAUAUGAGAACGUCGACCACAAGAUCAAGUACCGCUCCAAAAAGGGCCAGUUGCCCUUCGUCGAAUUGAACGGCGACGAAAUCGCCGACAGCGCCCUCAUCAUCAAAGAGCUGUCGCAGAAAUUCGACCAAGACUUGGACGCCGGCCUGACCGCCGACCAGAAGAACCUCGCCCACACCACCGUCUCGAUGAUCGAGAACCACCUGACGUGGGUGGUGAUGUGGUGGCGCACCAAGAACCCCGACCAGAUGCUCAAGGGGUACAAGGUGAACCUGCAGCACGCGCUCGGCUCGCGGAUACCCAACGGGAUAUUGAAUUUCUUCUUUAAAUUCGCCUACGGGAGAAAGUGGUUGCAGGGAUCAAAGAAGGUCAAAGCCCAAGGCAUGGGCGUCCAUUCGGCCGACGAGGUCACCGAAUUCGGCCAGGAGGACCUCAAGGUCCUCUCCGAGAUGCUAGCCGACAAACCUUUCUUCUUCGGCGACGAACCCACAACGUUGGACGUGGUGGUGUUCGCCAACUUGGCGCAGAUCUACUUCAUCGACAAGGAGGUGUCCUAUCCGCUGAGGGACUUCAUGACGGAGUCCUGCGCGAACCUGGUGGGCCUGGUGAACAGGAUGAAGGAGCGCUGCUUUCCCGACUGGGAGGAGAUCUGCACCAAUUUGGACUUGAACGCGCAUCUGCCGAAGCCCAAGCCGGAGGAGACCAAGGACAAGAAGGAGGAGGCCAAGGACGAGAAGGAGGAGAAGGAGAAGGAGCCCGAGGAGAAGGACAUCGAACAGGAGAAGGCCGACGAGAAAGAAAAGGACAAAGCUAAGGAAAAGUCAGAGGAAAACAAAGAGAAGGAAGGGAAAUAAUAACCUUUUUUUUUCGAUUUAACAAGUAAUAUUUCAAGCCCAAUUUACCCGAGGCUCGUAAUAAUUAUUCUUCUUUUAUAUAAUUUUUUUAUACGUAUAACUUGAACUGUAUGUGCAACAAAAACACGAACCGUAAGUUUAUUAUAAUGCGUAAGGAUUUACUCAAUUAGUAAUCGAAAUUUUAAUUGAUUUAAUUGAAAUACUCCACGAUUAAAUGUAGUGUCGCUCUUUCCUCCCGUUUCGGAUUUGUUUUAAUAGUAAUUACUCGAAAAAUAAUACAAAAUUAACGUAAACCGAUUUGUUUUAUACAUAAUGAAUUCAUUUUUAGCUUAGGAUUUUUUAUUCGUAUUUGUAAUUAUAAAAUUAAGCGGGAUAAAAAAAAUAACCAUUUUCACGCAGAUUUUUUUACCAUUUCGUAGCGCAUUUAUUGUAUUCAUUCCAUUUUGUAAUAAUCGAAAAUCGAUUCCGAUGUUUAUGAAAUAAAUCGAAUUUCUAGCUUAACAGUAAGAGGUUAAUCAAAAACACCGGAAUUGCGAUCGAAUAAGUACGGGGCAUCACGAAAUUUUUGUACUCGCUUUCUCGUCAAUCUGUAUUCCGUAGAUUUUUGUAUUUUUUUAUUCAAAAAAAAACACAAAGUUGAAAAUUUCGAAAAAAAAAGGACCUUCCAAUUUGCCGAGUGUUCCGAAUUGGAGGCGCCCCCUUACGAAUAUUACCGCUAAAUAAGAAACUGUGUUGUAUGCUAAAAAUUAAUUUGAAAUUAAAGUGAAAUUUUAAGUUAA